UAAAAAGCUACUGAUGAUAUUGUCUUUUGAUCAUAGAAGGAUGUACCGUUACUCUGUCAAGCCAACUCUUUGUCAUGUUGUAGAGAGGCCGGGGCUUUUAAGUUACUUCCACCUAGCAGGAACAAUUGCAUGUGGCUGAGAUUUAAUAAAAACCCAAUCGGAGGAGGCCAAUAAAGUCAGUGGUGGGAGAUUAUUGCAGCUCCGCCUGCUGACCUCUCCCCUGUGGACCAACCUGUGGGAUUCCCCCUGGCACGCAUUCAUUCACCGGCUGCCAUUAAAGCUUUAAAUUGCGGCACCAGGGCAGCUCAUAGACCCGGGUUUGUUCCCCCCUGCUAGUAAUAUUAUUAAUACAACUCCUGGGGUGCCAGAGAGGUUGAGGAGGGUUGAUGGAAGGUUAAGAGUGAAGCAGGAACCGGCAGGGACCAAGAGGCCUUUUGUAGUUCACCAUGAAGCCGGGUUUUUUUUUAUUUAAAAAAAAAAUCAAACUCAAAGACUCAAACACCAUGAAAAUACUAAGACUGAAACACUUUGACUGCUAAUGAAAUCAUGUCUUGUUGCUUUUUAAUUUCCUUUAAUCUAUUCUGGUCCAAUUACCCCCCCCACCCCCUCUUUUAAAGCAGAAGUUCCUGACAUGACAUGACUUUGUGAGGCAGAUGGGGGAACAUGUCUUGCACUGGUAUGUGGGUUGAUUUUCUACCGGGAGACACAAAGCCUGGACAUUAUGUCACAGGCUUGACUGGAUUUCAGACACCCCAGUAGAAAGACACAUGGCUAAACGUGGGGGAGGACGGGGUAUUUGCCGCUAAAUGCCGUCCUUAAACUUUUUCUCAGGACUUUGAGAGGUCAUUAAUUUUGCCAGCCCUUUCUUAGUCUCUGACACUGGCCAUCAAUCAAAGGUGCUAUUAGUAUUCUCCCAACCCCAAACUCCGAGUAUCUCCCUGCUCAGACAGGGACCACACACUAGUAUAGGAAGAGAUUAAGCCUGUGUGUGUCACAUCACGUUGGACCGAGCACCCUGCUCCAGAGGAGUAGGGUGCUGCUGAAUAAGUAAAUCUCUCAGGCCCAGAGGGCGUGGUGGUGGUGUUUAACAAUAUCUCAACAAUGUGGAUCUGUAUACUUAACAAUUUGGUUGUAGGGGAAACGGCACAGCAGAUUACUAAUGAUUUGCUCCAAAUUCAAAUUCCCCCAAAUCUCCAAACAUAAUGAGUCUUUGAAAAUGUAAUCUAUAGUUCAACCCCUGUGAUUAGCGCUAAAACAAACGCUGGCCCGUUAUAGGAAUUUCAAAAAACAACGUAACAAUUAACCUCACACUUAGCGUCUCGAGAGUGGAAACAAGUCAAAAGCUCUCUGUUCAUAUAUAUUUUUUCCGAGCUGCUCUGCCUCAGCCCAACCCCUCUCGCCCUCGCAGCCUUUAUGCAACAAUAGCAACUUGUUUCCGGGAUCUGUGCGUCAGGCUCUGUGAUGUGAAUGACCCACCAGCACAAAAGCCAAAGCCUCUUGACUGGGGGGAGGGGGAUAUAGCUGCCACGACUGUGAUGAUGUCACUUUGCCAAAACUGUGCUGCUAGCAAAGAGAGGGAGGCAGAAUGACUUUGUCCAGGCGUUAAAAGCUCAGUUCUCCUCCACUGCAUUCGUGAGACGUUGUGGUGUGGCAUCACUGCGGUGAACUAAAAGUUUAGAAUUUACAAAUAUAUGCUUGUAGUAUAAUGCCAGAUGAAAUGAACUGAAUAUGCGAAGUCUAGUUUGUUUUCUCGCUUUCAUGGCCAGCUGUAUAAACAGAAAGAUAUUAUUUGUUUUGUAGCCAUUUGUUGCUCAUAGAUUUGAGUUUUUCUACACUUCUUUUCAGCUGCAGAGUUGUGCUGGGCCACGGAUAAUUAGAUCAGUGCUAUCACUUUCACUGUCUCCCUUUCUCCCCAGGAAUUAACAUAAGAAAGAAUUUUUUAACGGCCUCACUCCCUCGCUGCUUCAGACUUUUCCUUUUCAUCCCUCCAACUCUUAAAUGAGUCACUGCCUCACCUCAACGUGAGCACUUUUUGUAAGAGGGAGGGAUCGUCUUUCAAUAAUUCAGCUGCAGCGUCUCUUAACUUGAAAUGAGAAUAAUACAUGAAGGCUUUAGUGUGAUCAGAUUGAAACUCGUGCAUUUUCUGGUAAACAAAUAUAAAAUAUGUGCUGAGUGUGACGGAAAGUUACACGUUUUUACUGCGUAGUUAAACUAUGCCUGACAGUCCAUACACUUAGAAUUCGGUUGGAAUUCCACUUAAAUUGGGAUGAGUGCUGGCAACAUAACAAUCUGGCUCUCGGACACAUCCUCCGUUGUAUUCACGGCUGGCCAAGAAGCUUCCUGUAAAUAAGUUAUUGUUUACAACAGAAGUUUCAUACCCAGGAUUUCUUUGGGUCAACAUUUCUUCUGGCACACUGAGCCUGAUCUGCACUUUAUUCCCCUUUAAUUUAACAGCUCCGGCAGCUUUUCUAGUUAAAUCGACUGUUCAUUAUUGAGACCCAUUUUACGAAGGGGCUGUGAGGUGCAAUUUAAUGAAUCUCUGGCACAAAGCUCCCUUUCAGUGCCGGGCGAAGAAUAGAGGCUAUUUAGACCCUGUAGGGCUUUAUGUCAAAGGCAGCCCAUAAUAGUUGUCAGGCCAGGGCAGAAAUUCCCACUGGCCUGGGAAUGCACUAGAAAUCAACUUUUGCCAUGAGCAGAUUAAGACACAAGCGAGCAGUUGGUAAGAUUCUCCCAAACAGGGGCAUCUGUUUGGGCACAGAGAUUUUCCCACUGAAAAGAGGCCUUUCUCACUACUAUAUAGCCUCGAUUUGAUCAGUGCCUAAAUGAACAGUAAUUAGAUUACAAGUUAACUUCUACUUAGUAAUCCAGACAGGAAACACACAAGUAGGCAUGAUAAUUGAAUAGUGGUUCAACCUUUUUUAAAGGCAAGCAGGAAUCUUAUAAAUAAAAACACUCAUUGGCUGUUUUUAUGGGAUAUUAACUAUAACCCCAAAAAUAUAUAAUUAUAUUUUCUCCUAUGCUUAAUAGAGAUAGUUCUGCACAACAGUUCUACCCAGUAAAAGUACUAUUCUUUUCUCUGUUACAGUAAUGUCCUCCAGUUGUAUGCAAGCCUUUUUGGUUCAGCGCACACACAAACAGUUAAACUAGAGGGGGAGAGUUCUGACGGAGGCUAUUGUUUUCAACUCGGCAGGGAAUUUCAGACAAAUCCCUCUUAGAUGCAGGUGGUCAGGCACAAGCAAAGAGUUAAGUCCUGCGCUCUCUUUGCCCCUCCUCUUUGAUGUUCUGACAUCAUUAGUCCAGCCCCCCGAAAGAUCUCCUUGCUUCCCUCCGAGCCCUUCACUUCUACUCUGGAAUGUUUACAGGAACUUCAUGAGCAGCAUCAGGACCGAGGGUUUGUCAGGGGUAAAAAAAAGACAUGCUCUGAAGAAACUAUUGGUUCUGGGAGCACAGCGGAUGCCACAGGUGUAUAGCCGCUGGGCUCAGCAGAGGAAUGGCUGUUCAGACUGCAAUCAUGAACCCUCAGUUCAUGAAUUUCUGCUUCCCUGGCUCUGUGAUGGAGUACGACAUGGAGAAGAGUCUGGAUGGGAGUCUCCUCUGUGAGGCGGAAAAUGACGAGGACUACAGGGAGACCACCAGGGACUUGCUGAGCUUCAUAGACUCAGCCUCCAGCAACAUCAAGCUGGCUCUGGACAAGCCGGUGAAAUCCAAGAGGAAAGUCAACCACCGGAAGUACCUGCAGAAGCAGAUCAAAAGGUGCACGGGCAUGAUAACGCCAGGAAACAUAGCAGAGCCCCCAGUCAAGAGACAGGGUUCCCCCGUGGCUCAGCCCAUGCAGAGCAAAACUCCGCCUAAACGCGAUGGGGUCCAGGCCAGCUUACAGAGCAAGAGCUUGGCAGCCCUCUUCAGCCCUGUGAAAGAUAUAAGGGGUGAAAAAGCCAAGAAACCACCCCUGAGGCAUCGCAAUCUGCCCCCCUCUUUCUUCACCGAGCCGGCCAACUGCUCCAAAGUCAGCUCCACAUCUGGGAUGACGCUGAAGGACUUGGAGCGAGGCAACCCUGAGGCCGCAGAGUUCUUCGAGCUCUUGGGGCCUGAUUACAGCAACAUGGUCAGCGAACAGGACCUUUAUCAAAGUGUCCGGGUGCAGCAAGAGAUGGGAGGCCCGGAUCCCUCUUCCUACGAUGCUCAGCAUUUAGUUGGUGGUCUCCUCUACUCGGAGCCCUGGACUAGCUGCUCAGGACCCUCUAAGAAAGAAGGCGAGAGCCUGCGUACAGGUCUGACCCAGCCUCCUGUCUACUGUCCCUCUGAGGCCGCUUCUGGGUCCAUAGAGGACAACGCACUGUGCACUUUGGCCUUCCCGAACUUCUUCACAGACUGCUCCAUACCUCAGGCCACUUAUGAUUUGAGUGGUGGUUAUAACAGAGCUAAUUAUUCAUCUCUAUGAGAAUGCGACAGUUCUGUUCUUAGAAGUGCUGGCAAAAAGCAGAUAAAAAUUGUUCUGACAAGUUUAACACUAGCCUAAGAGAGUUGCAUAUUAUUGUAUCACAUUUGUUUAUCUGUUGCGGAAGUAAUAUCGCAAAUGGAUUUCAACAUUUUGUUCCAUUCCCCUCUCACCAACAACACAAAUCGCUUUCUUUGAGAGAAACAAGGAACUAAAUAUAAUGUCUUUCAUAAAAAAACAUCCAAAGCUUUUUAAGUAACUGGAUACCAUGUAGUUUACAACAUCUCAGUUUCAUUUACUGCACUGUUCUGUGAAAUGUUCAAAUGUUUCUCAACGUUUCAUUAUCUCAGGCAAUUUCUGAUGACACUCGGAAUGUCAGUUUUGUCAGCUGAGCAUGUGAGUCUGUUCAUUUGGAUGUGUCUUAUCAAUCUGGGAAUCUGUUAAUGAAGACAUUUUUUAUUCUAACAUGUUCAUGUUUUUCAAAAAGACAAAAUACAAGCUGCAGAAAUAGGUGUUGGUUUAGUCCCCUGAAAGCCACUUUUUGCUAGGAAAGGUGUUAUCGGACUCACAUUGGACAGAACAUGCUGAAACAAUCGACCCUGUUGGUAACUGUUCAGAGGAGAGGAGAAAACACAUUUUGCUCAAAUGACUUUUACAACAAUGUGUGACGCCAUGUUUGUUUUCCAACAUUUUACAGCUCAUAUAAAUGAGCUGGCAGAGCCACCACUUGUAUCCAUUUUGUUGGAAAAGCCUUAAAUGUAUCUAGCUACUGCAAGAGGACAAAAUAAAGCUGGUCUUUAUUACCGUGA